GCGAAAACCACUUUCGUCGAGACGUUCUUGCGUGGCCCGAAGCGUGUUAGCGUCCUUGGCUCUAUCUGUACACCUAUAUUUUUCUUCCCAUCCCUUGUGAAUUGCCCCGAAAACCUGUGUAGCAUCGAUCUGCACAGAUCAUCUCACUCCCACACUGACGGCAUCGCCGCUCCAGCACACCUGUUAUGGAUGCACCGGAACCUCCAGACCCAUCGAAAACAUAUCCUUGCGGUGGUCUUCGCCCACUAUUUGUCACACGUAGACUGCCCGUUCCCAAAAAGAUGCCGAUGGAUCAAAUAGGGCCGGAUGCCGGACUUCCGUCCACAUGAGCUCAGUAUAUGGGUCGAGAUCCGAUUCUCUGAGACGUCCGUCUUUUCGCUUCGAUACCGACCCAAUGUCCGCUCAAGAGUCCAUCCCAGUGUUCACCAACCUCACCGAUCUCUACGCCGGCCUCGGUACCGCCCUUAAUCACGCCGAGCGAUGGGACAAUCUCGCUGCAGAAUUCGAAACCCGGUUCGGGAAGAAGCCGACGUAUAUUGUUAGGGCACCUGGGCGCGUAAAUCUUAUUGGCGAGCACAUCGAUUACGCACUCUUUGGCGUCCUGCCUGCAGCAAUCGAGCGCGAUAUCCUCAUCGCCUGUGCUCCGCGCGAUGUUCCGGACACCCCGUCUGAACCGCACCACGAUCCGGGCAGUGUCAUAGCAGAGAACCUGUACGCGAAGUACACGAGACAGAUCUUCGCACCGCAGGCUGAUGUGCACGUCGAGGGCUGGCAUCUGGAGAUCCCAGCUCAGUUGCGCUGGGAGAACUAUGUCAAAGCAGGGUACUACGGCGUGCUUGACGAGCAUUUCAAGGGUUCCGCAGUCCAUCCCCUUCCAGUGGACUUGCUGGUCACCGGAUCUGUGCCUGCGGGCUCAGGGCUCUCGUCCAGCGCUGCCAUGGUCGUAGCCAGCACACUCACGUUCCUCGCAAUCAACGACAAGCUCAGCGGAACUACGAAGGGCGAUCUGGUCAAGAUGUCGAUGGAAAACGAGAAACGAGUAGGCGUCAACAGUGGAGGCAUGGAUCAAGCUGCCUCUGUGAUGUCCGUGCCUUCCUCCGUGCUCUACAUUACAUUCUAUCCAUCUCUCACCGCUUCGCCGACUCCUCUGCCAGCCGGAGCUGUGCUUGUAUGCGCCCAUUCACUCAAGGUAUCGGACAAGGCUCUGACAGCGAAAAGUGGAUACAAUCUCCGUGUGGUAGAAACCUUGGUCGGGGCGCGAGCGCUGGCCCGGACGCUGGGUAUCGAUAUCGGUCCGAAGGAGAAGAUCACCUUUAGAGAGGUCGCUGGUCGUCUGGUGCAGGAAACGGAUGUUUCUUCUGGGGGAAAGGGGAUGUCCAUCGAAGCGCUGAUGGACGUUCUGCGUCGUUUGAAUGCCACUGUCGACAGUCUGAAGCCAGAAGGUUCCACAGAUCCCGAGUUCGGUGCCACGAAGGAGGAGAUGAUCGCUCUUUCCGGGUUAUCGGCUGAAGAGUUCGAGCAGGUGUACCUGUCAUGGGUCGAAGUGGAUGCGACACAUUUCAAGCUGUACAAGAGGGCGAAGCACGUCUUCUCUGAAGCCCUGCGGGUUCUUCAGUUCCGAGAGUUAUGCUUGGCUGCUGGGAAUGACAACCUCUCGGCACUGCAGGAGCUGGGCCGGUUGAUGAACGAGUCACAGACGAGCUGCGCCGAAGACUUCCAAUGCUCGUGCGAGGAGCUCGACCAGCUGACGCAGAUCUCACGGGACGCUGGGGCAUAUGGUAGCCGGCUGACGGGUGCCGGAUGGGGAGGCUGCACUGUGUCAUUGGUUCCAGGAGACAAGGUCGAAGCGUUCAUCAAGCAUGUGAGCGAGAACUACCCGCCGUACAAGGGUCUCGCAGGGGAUGCGCUUAACGAGGUGAUCUUUGCGACAAGCCCGAGCACAGGGGCGUGCGUGUACAAGUUUUAGAAAAGAGUUGUGUGUAUCUUGUAUAUCAUCUAGAAACACGAAGGCACCUCGUCGUGAUCUUUUGAACUGCUCCGCAAAGUAUAGGGGGCAUCCAGUCUAGAUCUUCAGCUCCUCAUGCAGUUCGAUGGCUAGCCGCUAGUCCAUGCCUAGUGCGACACUUUGAGGAUACAUCAAGAGCUCAGUUCUUUGGUAAUUUUGUACACUCGAACGUGAGGAUUGUUCUUUCCGUUGGCACGCCAAUAUUCGUCAUGAUACGGGAAUAUUAUUGUCAAGAAGGCUUGGACAAUUUCAUCAUCGCCCCUCAAGCGAGGAAGUCCUUUCAACCUCAAAGGCUAGGAUCUCUCUUUAUGCAAGUGAGUUGCGACGCGUUCGUGCACUCAUAAAGAAUUGAUACAAUCCCGCAUUCGUACCGACGCGCACCCAAUCGCCAGCAGUAUAGGUUAAUACCAGAAAGUACUCAUCGGCUAGCCGCAGACCCAGCGAUCUGAAUGCAGCGGCGGCAUGCACGUUUCGUGUGAAGUCAGCCAACAUUAGAUCAACGUAAGCCUGAUGAACAAGCGCGUACUGGCAAGCCCGUUUACGCUCGGAUCAGUGUGCCACACGCCGAUGUGAUUCCCCCACACCCAAGAAGAGAAAAUCACCGAUCAGAGGAGUCGAGGAUAUAUCGCGCAGGCAUUUUCGGAACGUCGAAUUUUGUCAUUGAGUCGGCGCAUACACAUGGGUGUGCGGAUAGGCAGACCUUUUUUAGGCUCCUGACCUGUGCGUUUGUGGUUCGGCAUCUUACAUGAAACAACCCCAGCGCUCCAAUCGGAGUCAACGGUCGCGUUCCAAACGAAGCGAAAGAUGAGAGAGGGGAUGAUGAAUGAUUAGCGAAGCUCGGCUGAAAGAGAGAGACAAUCCCAUCAGAACGGCGACGGAAGGGAACUCGAAAGUUUUAGAUCCUCUACCAGGCACACGUGACCCUUGUUCAACCUCGCAAUCGGAACCUGGACGCAGUAUAUGAAGAUAUGUCAGAAGAAAAAAUUUAUUCAGGAUAAUCAAUCAACAAAGAAUUCGAAUAUGAAACGGAUUACAGAAAUGUGCUAUUGCAUACAUCGAAGGCUCAGGCAGCGAGCGACGUGAUGGACGCCGGGAGCGCAUCAUAGAGGGGACACAGCUGGUUCCACUCGGAGGUCGGAAUCAGCUGCGAGUCCCAGUCGGGAACAUCUUCAGCAAAUACGAUGGCGAAGCCAGCUUCCAAAUGCCAGUCAAUAUGGCAGUGGAGGAACCACGCUGUCCCAUCGUCAGUCGUUUGAAUGAAGCAGACAAGCUA